ACUUGGUUGGGAGAGCUGUCUUCCAGUUCUGCCAUGACCACUCUGUAAGGGGGAAUGGCACCGGAAAGAAAUUGAAGGAAUAAACCACUUUUGGACCAUGCGAUCGAACGAGUGGACUAUGCACCAAACCUGCACGUUGAUGUUCAGUUAAGGAGGAGAAAGGCCUAGGCUUUGAUUAUUGCAGCCCACUUUAUUACAAUGCCUUUUAUCUUUAGGACUAGCGCUUUGUGGGCUCUGUGGGGCAUCUUUCUGACGGGAUACAUUCACAUGGCAACAGAUGCAAGCCAUGGGAUUGCAGAGAAUGCCAUGACGACAAAUCAGGCGAAAUCUCACUACUCUUAUGGGAGUUCAAGCCAGCCGACCAUACCUAAAGGACUUCAGACUCAGUCCCUCAAGCAGUACGAAGGGAAAGGCGCCAUAUCUAGAAGAAAGAGAAAUAUUCUUUUCCCCAGUGGAGUCAGAUUAUGCACUCAGGACACUGUGGAGCAGGCCAUAGACAAUCAUCUUAAAUACUUCCAUCUUCGAGUUUGUCAGGAGACCGUAUGGGAGGCAUUCAAGGUGUUCUGGGAUCAUCUGCCAGAGAGGAAUGAGUACCAAGCCUGGGUUAACAAGUGCCAGGAUGGAUCUCUUACUGUUAUGGACAUAGGUGCCAAUUUCAGCCGAUCAGAGGAGCACAUCAACCUUGUUAGGAGUAGAGUGGCUUUGACUGCAGCUAGCAGUGAGCCCACCGGUUCAAGGUCCAACAUGUGCAGCUCUGAGGCCCCACCCACGGAUGAAGAAGCAUUCACUGCCCCAAAAGAAGAAGAAAUCAGUGUCGUGCCAGCAGACACAUUUACAACAAUGCGAGGUGACCACACAUCAGAAACCAGCACAGAAGUCACAGUUGGAGUCCUCAACACUGCUACUACUGACUUAUCAACUCAAGGGGUCACUGUGAUUGUCUCUCCAAGAAUGACUUCUUCUGAUGAAUUUACCACAGAUGCUACAAUCGUUCCACGAGAAACUACACCUACUGUACAGGCGAUUGGAGAGAACAUUACCCCAGGAGACACAGUUUGGGUGAUGGAUGAGAGCGAUGAUGAUAACGCUCAGGAGGACCAUGGAGAUACUGUUGAGGUGACAACACUUUUUGCAUCAGAUGAGACGCUGAAAAUCACAACAGAUUCCAUUGUUUCGGUCACCCACGCACUACCUGAUCAGGUCAGCCUUGAAGUCGAUGAAGAGGUGACCACAGACACCGCUGUUGACGUCGCCACGGACAACGAGGUGGAAUAUGCUCAAGCUGGCAGUGUGGAGGUUGUUGCCUCUGAGGCUACGGUUGAGGUUGCCCUGGAAACCACGAGCGAGGACACCGAUCCAGAGGGUGAUCAGGAGCUUACUUCGGAACCGUCUUUACAGGCGAGUACGAAAGCACCUUCGGAAGCUCCUGUAGAAGAUAUUCAUGACGUUGGUGCUGAAACCCCAGCAGCGACAUCUAACGAGGUUAUUUUAGAAUUCACAGAGGAAUUAAUUCCAGAAGACUUAUUGGAAGCCACUUCAGAGGCCCCUUCUGAGGCUGCUGUAGUGAUAAUCCCGGAGACCAAUGAUGAUCUUUCAGAGGAUAUUCAAGAGAUUAGUCCUGAAUCUUCUUUGGAGCCUUGGUCGGAGACUGCUUCUGACGGUACAACAUAUAUGCCUGAUGUGCAUAGUCCAGAAAUUGAACAGACUCCAGAGGAAACUACAGAGGUGGUACCAGAUACUGUUUUUGAAGCUGCAUUAGAAGACACUGUGGAGAUUAUUCCUGAUGUCACAUCUGAAAUACCAGAGACGUUAUUAGAACCCACAUCGGAAGAAAACAUCCAGGCGCUUCCUGAAGUUGUUCCCACAGAUCCUGCAGUGGAUGACAUCUCUCAGGAGGACAGCAAAGUUGCCACUGACCCGAUCCCAACAGUGUAUUUGAUCCCAGAGGAAGAUUUUGAGGCCCCAGAAGGUCCAUUAGAGAACUUGCAAGAGGUCGCCUCUGAUGUCACUGCAGGUGUCCCCUCUGAAGCCACUUUGGCCACAACCAUCGAACCUGUUGAAGUAAUCAAUCAUGACAUCACAGAAGAUGUUCUCAUCGAGGAUACAUUAGGCGACAUUCCGGGAGUAACUCAAGAGGUUGUGCAGGUGGUUUACACAGAGGUUACUGAGACAACCACCCCAGAGGCUGCAGAGAUGGACACUCCAGGGACGUCAGAGCCAGAAGCUCUAGAAGACGACACGCAGCAAGAGGCUGUGGAGUUCCCACCCGUGACUGAGCCAGAGAUCCCUCUCCAGGUCACAGUCACGAUCACAGAGGCGCCCACAGAAACAGCUGUACAUGCUGAAGAGGUUCUGACUGAGGAAGAUAGUGAGGUUCCACCUGUAGUUACUGCAGAGGACGGUUCACAGGAUGUGGUAGAAGACACUGCAGGGGUUGAGGAAGCUACAGAGCCAGAAGCUACAAGUAAAACAGCAACAGAAAUGACAACAGCAAUCACUGCCCCUGAAGCAACAAUGGAGGGAGCCUUGGAGGUUGACGUAGAGACCACUACCCUGAACGUAGAGAUUGCUACAAGUACUGCAGAAGAGACGACUGCGGGAGUUGUCAUGGAAAUCACUCUGAACCGCACAAAAGAGAUGGCAACAGAGGCUGGUGUUCCAGUCGAUACAACAACAGUGGGAAUUGAGAUCUCGACAGAGCAUGUUGAAGAGAUCAUCUCGGCUACUACAGAGGAAAUAAUUUCUGAAUUUACAGAGGCAGAUCUUAUUGAAGCUGAUAAUACCCCUGGGGCAGUCGAAGAGACGGUACCGGACAUAGCAACAGAAGAUAAAUCAGAAACAGAGCCUGGAACAGCCCCCGAGCAUACCGUUGAAACCAUUCCAGAGACAGAAGAAGAAAUCGCUCCAGUUGAAGUUUUACCGGAAGAAUUUGAGCUUCCAAGUGAGGCCUCUCCAGAAACUGUAGAAGAAGAAGACGAUAAUUCAGAUAAGGACACUUCAGAGGUAGCUGAGAUUAUUCCAACAGCUGUGGCAGUGGACGUAACAAUGACCUCAGAGGUUUCAGAUAAAGAAACUGAUAUGCUUGAAGCUACAGAAGCUGCUGUAGAGAUUUCUCCCGAGUCUCCAUUAGAGAUCGCUCCUGAGCCUGCAGUCGAAGUCACACCCAAGACUGUUCUAGAAGACACUCCUGAAGAGUCACGAGAGGCUGCUGUGGAUGUCAGCCACGAGGUCACUCCUGUGUCAGCCAUUUCUCCAGAUGGGACAGUUGGGAUCGCAGUUGAAGCAAAUAACAAUGGUGCCACUCAGAAAGCCACUGACACAACUACUGUCCUACAAGAAACAAAUUAUGACACAUUUGGAAACCAAGACUUUGAAACAGUAGAGGAGAAUGAAAAUACUAUUGGAAACGAGAUAGAUGAUGUGAAGCUGAGGCAGUUGAGGCCAAUGAAGGACCAGGUGGUGGAACUGAGCAUCAGACUGAAAGGAGAAACCUACAACAAUGCCCUGAGAGAUCCCUUCAGCGUCCAAUACAAACAACUGGCCAAACAGUUUACUGAAAAGAUUGAGGAAGCAUUUGAACGAUUACCAGGGUUCAAGAGUGUCUUUGUUGUUGAAUUCAGACCACAAAAGGACCUUGAAAGGGGUUUGGUCGUGGUCGUCCACUAUGCUGUGACUCUGGAGGUGGAUGCAGCAGGCAUCAGUAAUGAGACCAUGGACUUCAUCACCCUCCAAUCCAACACAGUGGAGAAAAACUUCCCCGACGCUGAAGAGCGUCCCACUGUGGUCUACACCAUCACUGACUUCCGCAACUACAUCACAGAAGCCCUGCACAAGGAGAACUUCAUGAGCAAUACCACUUUGGAUGUAGAUCCAGACUCCUUGCAGCUAGAGAAUGUGGAGAACUUGUUGCCCUCUGGAAAGCCUACAAGUCGACCAGUAGACAGAGAUGAUAACAUGGAUAACAUUCUUGCUGCUGAGAAACCACCUGAUGUUCCUGGACAAGAUCUGGAUAGCAACGACCUCUUCUUGAAAAAGGACGACUUUCUGUUUGACCCGGCUCUGCCCUUUGACCCCUGGAAGGACUCCGGGACCGUGGUGGCGAGUGAAAACGAUGUCCUGAUUCUGGAUGAGAGCACCAUUCUGCCAUCCACAGGGUUUUCUGAUAAGACUCUGGGCCUGAGCUCUACUAAAGUCACCCCUGUUUCUACCAAGAAUCAUGGAAAUAUUGAAGAAGACGGAUUUCUUUUGGGCAACACUUUUACUCAACCCACAAGCACUGAUACUCCCAAUGGGGAUGAUGUGGUUGGAGCUGGAGGCUCCGGCAACUUCUCUGUUGGAGAACCGCAGAUUACCGCAGGAACCGAGGAAGCCCCUAUCUCAGCACCCCCUGGUUCUGACCAAGGAAGCCUCAACGAUCACUUUUUGGAUGCUGGAUCUGGCUCUGGCUUUUCUGGAGAUGGCCAAGGGGUGGAUGUCUGGCCGUCGCUGCCAGUGACAGCCUCAGAGAACGGUGAGUACUUUGAGGAGGUUAUGCCGCCACCGGACACCGAGCCGGAACAAACCGGAGGAGAGGAGGAAGAGGAGGAGUGGGGAGAAGAUGCCACUCCACGUUUCACACAGUACCCAGAGGUUGUGGAUCCGAAGGAGCCUGAGCUGAUGGACUCCAAAGAUUCUGUCCCUCAAACAGGCGACGCCCCAGCUGGAGGGGAACACAAUGAAGAGCCAGAGGUGGAGGAGUCGUACCUGGACAGAACACUCAUCACCCAGGACAUCCGUACCAACCCCCAUUUCAUGACCACCACCCAAGCCCCUGUGUUCUGGACUAUGGAGACCUUGACAGUGGAACUAUCUAUACAAACACUGGAGGCCUCUGGGUUAUAUGAUGAUUACUAUCCCAGUGAAGCGUCCACCGUCAUUGCAUCGACCAUCAACUACCACAUUCCAGAUGCUUACACUAGCCAGGCCCCCAUUUUGAUGGAACCCAUUAAUAUAUCUCAGGAAGACCAUGAAAUCUUAAAGGAACUGCCUGUGAUCACCCCAGGGUCAACUACCCCAGAGGAAACUACCCCAGGGUCAACCACCCCAGGGACAACCAACCCAGGGUCAACCAACCCAGGGUCAACCAACCCAGGGUCAACCACCCCAGGGACAACCAACCCAGGGUCAACCACCCCAGAGACAACCAACCCAGAGACAACUACCCCAGGGUCAACCAACCCAGGGUCAACCACCCCAGGGACAACUACCCCAGGGUCAACCAACCCAGGGUCAACCACCCCAGGGACAACCACCCCAGAGACAACCACCCCAGGGACAACCAACCCAGAGACAACCACCCCAGGGUCAACUACCCCAGAGGAAACUACCCCAGGGUCAACCACCCCAGGGACAACCAACCCAGAGACAACCACCCCAGGGUCAACUACCCCAGAGGAAACUACCCCAGGGUCAACCACCCCAGGGACAACCAACCCAGGGUCAACCAACCCAGGGUCAACCAACCCAGGGUCAACCACCCCAGGGACAACCAACCCAGAGACAACUACCCCAGGGUCAACCAACCCAGGGUCAACCACCCCAGGGUCAACCACCCCAGAGACAACCACCCCAGGGUCAACCACCCCAGAGACAACCACCCCAGGGUCAACCACCCCAGAGACAACUACCCCAGAGGCCACAGAUAGCGCUCUCCCCACAGCUAGUGUUGACUCCUCAGAAGACGUAGCAUCCACUGAGAAGCUAACUACUGUUGAGCCCUUCAUCCUGAAGGACUUGGACACAGACACAACUGUAAUGCAGCCAGUCACAGAGUCAGCAAUCAUUGUGGAUGUGGAGUUGGACACAGUACAAGACUCCAUCUACGACAGGAUCACAUCUACACCCCAAGAUAUUGAGUGGUUCACUGAAAAACCAUUACUUUUGGUGCCACAAAUUGAGGACAUCAAUGAUGAAGUUGAGGUUUUGGAAGAACAAGUGGCUGAGACCCCCCUUGCCCUAAAUGUUGAUUUAUCUGAUGAGGAAUUAACUAACGAUGAAAUCCUUUUCGUUAGUACAGCCACCGCAGCCCCUCUAGUCACGCCAUCCGUGACCGUAAGUCACAGCACCCCUUUCUCACCCGAAAAGGAGUCACCAUUUACACGUGUAUCAGACACUGUGCCUGAAGAAGAAGAUCUCCUGUACCACGAAUCUUCGCACGAGGACAUACUUUCAAAGGAAGAAAAGGAGGGGGUCCAAGCAAGCCCUAUAUCUUUGGAGGAGCCAAGUUCAACGCUUUCUGCAGUUAUCGUAUCGUUACCUUUCUUUCAGCCAACAUUCAGGCCCACAGAAAAACUACCAGAGACAGCUGCACCAACUGAAGACAGAAGCCUCUCACUGGCUGAGCCUGUCGAAGAAAAUACUGAUGUCACCUUUACUGAAGGAACAGAUAUUAUCAUUCCUCAAAGUCCAACCUCCCCUGACCUAAACACGUACAGUCUAGAAGACAGCACUUCAAUACGCAAGAUUCAACCUUCUCUGUCAGGCUCUUCCAACAUGGCACACAACAUCGACCUUACCUUCGAUGUGGUCCAGUAUGACGAGACAGGCUACAUGGAUGGGGACAGCAGUGGGUAUUCCAGUGUUGCUCAAGGCUCGGAUGCAGACAGGAGCAAGGCUCUGGCAGCCAGCCCUGGUCGGGCUUUGAUGGUCUUUUUCAGCCUCAGGGUGACCAACAUGAUGUUUUCCGAAGACCUCUUCAACAAAAGCUCUGCUGAGUACAAAGAACUGGAGCAGAGUUUUCUAGAACUGCUUGUCCCGUACCUACAGUCCAACCUCAGCAACUUCCAGAACUUGGAGAUCUUGAACUUCAGGAACGGCAGCGUUGUGGUGAACAGCAGGAUGAAGUUUUGGAAACCUGUGCCUAGAGGAGUCACCAACGCGGUUUACCUGAUCCUAGAAGACUUCUGUAACACCGCCUACCAAACCAAGAACAUGGCUAUAGACAAGCAUUCACUGGACGUGGAAUCAGGUGACAAAGCAGACCCUUGCAAGUUCCAGGCCUGCAAUGAGUUCUCUAAGUGCAUGGUGAACCGGUGGUCUGGAGAGGCGGAGUGUGUGUGCGACGCCGGCUACUUCAGCGUGGAUAGCCUGCCCUGCCAGAGCAUCUGUGAGGUGCAGGAAGACUUCUGUAUGAACGACGGAAAGUGUGACAUCAUUCCUGGCAAGGGGGCCAUCUGCAGAUGUCGCGUGGGGGAGAACUGGUGGUACCGCGGGGAACACUGUGAAGAGUACGUUUCAGAAUCGUUGGUUGUCGGCAUUGCCUUCGCCUCUGUGGCUGGCUUUCUGUUUUUGGCCGCUGGCAUUGUCUUCUUCUUGACCAGGACACUGAGGGACAGUUAUGACAAGGACGAUUCAGAAGACCCACUACGUCACGGCGACAGCACCCCGUCCUUGGAGCGAGCUACCAAAUACAACCCCAUGUUCGAGAACGACGCCAUGAUGGUCCAGUACUACCGUCGCUAUGACGACGACGGCGGCGCACACCGUGGCGCCGGUGACUCCUCGGCGGACUUCGGCAGUGAGGAUAUACGCCAGGUCUACGAGAACAGUGACCUUAGUAAUCAGGAAAUUCAGGACCGCAUGAGGAUACUGGAGCUGUACACUAAGGAUCGCCAGUUUGCAGACUUUGUACGACAGCACCAAGUAGCCCUGGACCAGCAAGUGAGCUCCUCCAACUAGAACCCUUCGAAGGCCAAAGUUGACGCUUUUAAACCCAAGGAAGCUGCCUUUGUCUUUGGUCUUGAGAAAAAAAGAAUGUGUCUUCGGUUGCCACGGUGAUUCUGACGUCGCACGACGAUUCCAGACAAACUUGUGGACGGAUGGAACAGAGACAUUAAUAAGGACACUUUUGUGCGGAGGAGGAAUCUGGGCUACGCAGUGGGCCGCUAGUUCACGUGACCUGACUUUUUUUUAAAUAAUCGUGGCUGUCAAUACUCACUUUGUUUUUGUAACCAAUGGCUUCCCUUCCUAGUCAGUUUAGGUCUACUCCUUUCGAUGCAGCCAUUUUGAACACACUGCACAUCAUCUCAGCACCGAACAACACAGAAAGCACAGCUUUACAGCUGUCCAGGACUUCUUUAUUUCACCAUGGACACCCUGUCCUCUCUUCCUCCUCCUCAUCCCUCUAUUUCUUCAGUGCCUUCAUUAGGUUCAGUCAUCUUGGAUGGGAUGUUGUGUAAAGAAAAGCAAAAUCACUGUACACAAUUCAACUGUCAUAAUACAUUGUCAUUUAUAGAUAUGUUUUCUGUACACAUCAUCAGCUUUCUGCUUAAUAUACCCGGUCAUAACGGUCACUGUCCCAUUUUGUGUGGUAAACUCCUGCCCACAGCUUGAAAUAUUCUCGGUUUUUGAAACUACUUGAUUCAAAUAUUUAGUAAAAAGAUUUCUAGGUAGUCAUUUGCAUAGAUAGUAUCACCUGAAAUGGGUACAAUGUAUACCUGUCUGUGUUUAGGGAGAGAGUGUUUAUCCAAAUAAGUCAAGUAUUUUGGUUUUAUCCCAAAACCAAUGUAAAGAUGUCCGAUCGAAGGUGUGGUUUCUGAUAUACACACAUUGUGAUCAACAAGUCUUGUUAAAUGUCAGCUCAACCAUGCUUGUCAUUGGUGAGCUCUUCUUUGGUGUGUGCUUAGGAUAAAUAGAUUUUUUUUCUUAGUUGGUCUUCAACAUGUCUCCUUAAACCCAAUGCUUCAGGGUUAAAUGUGUUUCAUGUCUUUGCUAUGGACAUGUUUUGUGAUGUUGUGUUUUUACAUUGUCUUCAAAUAGCUGAGAAACCAAACAAGGCUCUGUAAAGUGUUUCUGGGUUUAGACGGUUCAGAGCAAACACGUGCAAAUGUUUUUUCAGAAUAAAAUGUGAUUAUUUUUUAC